AUGUCAAUUUUAAUCAAUGGUUCACCCUCACCGGAAUUUCAAACACAAAAAGGGCUAAGGCAAGGCGAUCCACAAUCUCCUUUUCUCUUUAACAUACUCGGGGAGGCCCUCAACAUAAUGCUAGAACGAGCGAAGGAUCGAAAUAUUAUUAAAGGAACCAAAUUGGGGAGUAACGGUGUCAAUAUUUCUCAUUUACAACUUGAGGACGAUACAAUUCUUUUUUGCAAUAAUGACCCGGAGGAGAUGGCAAACAUUAAAAGAAUAUUAAGGUGCUUUCAAUUGAUGUCUGGCCUGAAAAUUAACUUCUCGAAGAGCUCCCUCUGUGGUGUCAACAUUCCACUUCAAGCAACUUAUUCCUUGGCCCAGAUCAUGGGCUGUAAAGUGGAGCAGCUACCGAUCAAAUAUCUCGGGUUGUCGUUGGGUGCUAAUCCGGGGAGGAUUAAAACUUGGGACUCUGUCAUUGAAAGGACUGAGAAGUUGUUGAAUAUUUGGCGUUCUCGUUGUAUUUCAACUGGGGGAAGGUUGACUCUUAUGAACUCAAACACUGCAAACAUCCCCAUUUAUUUCAUGUCCCUGUUUAAAAUGCCUGCAACUGUUGCGAGGAAGUUGGAGAAACUCCAAAGACAAUUUUUCUAG